AUUUGUUGCUACUUCUUCACGCUGGAUGAAGCUGUCAACUAUAGCUUCUUGGCUGGACUGAAGUGGCAUGGCAAAGUGAAGUUACGUAAAGGACGUGGCUAUAUUGUGGGCGGAUCUGUGGUAGCCAGUAGCUGGCUAGGAGAUCUCCGUCUCCGGCGUUUUAGCCAGACGAGCUAGCAAUGACGGAUACUAUUGCUCCUGCUGGGGUCUGGAUUGUGAGCCACCAGACAUGAUUUUUAUGGAGACCACCCUACAAGACCUGAGCUGAUUUGUCAGCCUUGUGUAGGUUUGGUUUUCACCCCCCAAGUCUCCUCUGGAUAUUAGCUGACCAUGGUGGUCUGAACAGAGGAAAGCCUGGCACAGUGUGUGUUCACUCUAACACAGCAAGGCUUGACCAAGAGAGGCACAGAGACGGACCGAAGCAAAGAGAAAAAGCCUAUUUAAACACAACAUGUCUCAAAACAGAGAACUGGUGGCUUUCUACAUAAACUAUAAACUCUCCCAGAGAAACUAUCCUCUCAACCACAUGGGACUCAUAGAGCCUCCAAACAGGACUGAUGGGGGGGUCGCAGGGUUGGUUGAGGAGCAGAGGGUAGCAACGCACGCCAACGGGACCUUGAAUGGUACGAGUCCCGGGACCCCACCAGCGUCGCCGCUACGGCAGCAACAGCUGGCGGCGACGACGAGCCUGGACGCGGUGAAAGAGGCCCUCCGGGACUCGGCCAACGAGUUUGAGCUGCGGUACGCCCGCGCCUUCAGCGAUCUGCACAACCAGCUGCACAUCACACCGGCCACGGCCUACCAAAGCUUCGAGAACGUGAUGGAUGAGGUGUUCCGGGACGGGGUCAACUGGGGCCGCAUCGUAGGGCUUUUUGCUUUUGGUGGGGCGCUGUGCGUGGAGUGCGUGGAGAAGGAGAUGAGUCCGCUGGUGGGCAGGAUCAUUGAGUGGAUGACGGUUUACCUGGACAACCACAUUCAGCCCUGGAUCCAGAGCCAAGGAGGAUGGGAGCGCUUUGCCGAAAUCUUCGGGCAGGACGCGGCAGCAGAGAGCAGGAGGUCUCAGGAGAGUUUCAAGAAGUGGCUGCUGGCGGGGAUGACCCUGGUGACCGGAGUCGUGGUGGGCUCCCUCAUCGCCCAGAAACGCCUGUGAACGGAGCUACACGCCAACCUUCCCCAACACUCACAAGCCUCUCCACCCGCCUCCUUCACUACCCCCCCGACCUACACACCACGGAAGUUAAAUUGAAGGUCCCGUUUGUCUCGUCGCAAACUGCUGACAAUGUUUACUUUAGCCCCCCCCCCCACACACACACACACACACACACAUAUCACACAGUGGACUGAGAAUCCUUACAUGUUGUUGAACUUUUGCGAAAAAGACGAAGAGGAAGCUUUACUAGUAUUCACGUGUUCCACCUUGAGAAAUAAUGUGUGGUUAUACAGAGACAGACAUGUUAUUUUUUCAUUAACUGAACAAAUUCUUCCCUUUUUAUUUCUCCACUUGUUCUUUGUGUUUGUAUUCAUUAGUUUUAACAAAUUUUGGUUUUCCCAUUUUUGGUCGUCAAAAGAGACUAAAGGUCUUCACAGAUCUGAAGAGCCAGUGCGUUCGGGGCUAGGCUGCUCUACAUGUCUCGUUUGGAUGCUCCCCCCCCCCACAGACGGCUCUGUGUGUGCCAUAUGGAGAGUGAAAGCAGGGGAGGACGUUGCACUGAUCCCUGAGCAGCAUUUGUAGUUCCCAUUUCCUGCCAGCCAUCCCGAUCACCAUAUAUCAGGUCAUAUAGGAUAAUCCAUGACUCCACACACUGAUUCCUUUGUCUUGCGUAAUUCUUAUGGGUUUUUGUAUGAAUGAUAAAUUAGAAGGAUUCAAACAUUUUAGUUAACAAAACACAAGAGUCUUGAACUAAGUAAUGGGAAACUAACGCCCCUGCUUGUUUGUGUUUGUUGGUGCGUUUUUGUUUUGGAUUUGUGAACCAUUAAAACCCCACUGCUCCCGCUGAUCUGUGCUUUAUGGUCACACUUGGCCUCGAUUCGAUCCUGUUUGUGUUUAGUCAGCCUGCCGAGUGCCAGAGCACUGUGCGUGGCAAGUUCUCAGAAUCAGUGCAACCGCAGUUCAUACAAGCAGGGCGCCCUGGCUCAGAGCGGCCAUGUUAAAGACACAGUAGCUGAGAAAAGCAGAAAAUACUGUAGCAACACACAGAAAACACAGAGCGGCACCGGGUCACCACGACACACACCGGACAGCAUGACUCACACGUCAGUCAGAUAUCUGGGUGUAAAGUUUUUUGUUUUUUUUGUUUUUGGCAACACUUUAUUCUAACCCCCCUAUUUAGCAUUUAUUAGCAAUAUAUAAACAUUUAAUAAAUGGUUUAAAAAUCAC